AUGUCGUGGACUCCCGAUCAGAACGCCAUCGAGCAACUCAAGCACAUAUUCAAAGGAACGUUAUCGCCAAACAACGAAGAGCGAAGACUUGCGAACGAGGCGCUCAUCGAUGCCAAACAGAACAGCGAGUUUGAGAAUUAUCUAUUCACACUAUUGGUGGUUGACGACUCGACCAGGGCCGACGUGCGAGCUGCAGCCGGGAUCAAUUUGAAAAAUGCCAUUCUCAAGAACAAGCAGCAUGAAAACAUCGAGCGGAGUUACCUCAUGGCCAAUAUCAUGCAGGGGUUGGCCAGCAGCGACAAUCUCGUGAGAAACACAACGGGGAGUGUGAUAGCGUCGCUUUUUGCAAUCUACGGCUUGGACUACUGGGGAUCGGCCUUGAGUGACCUAUUACACAUUGCACAACAACCAUUGCAACCGGGCAACAAUUUCAAAACCCAGGAGGCCGCCAUGAGCACCCUUGCUAAGAUCUGCGAAGAUUCCGUUUUGGAGUUGGACAGGGAAGUGAAUGGCAACCGACCAUUGAACUACCUCAUGGCCGAGCUUCUCAAAUUGUUGGAUCUGCCCAGCGUGAAAAUCAAGGCAUACGCCGUGCAUUGCAUCAACCAGUUUAUUCUCAUGAAUACCCAGUCGUUUUUGGUCAUCUUGGACCCCUACCUCAGCAAGACUUUCCAGUUGGCCCAGGAAACCGACGGCGAUACCAGUGCCGGCGGUGAAGAGUUGAAGAAGAAUAUAUGUACUAGUUUUCUCACGAUAUUGGAAACGAGGCCCGAUAAAGUGGCGCCGCAUCUAGAUGGAAUUAUCCACUAUUGUACUCACUUGAUGCAGAACGAUCAAAACGAUAGUGCCGUGGCGUUGGAAGCGUGCGAGUUUAUGCUUGCUCUAGCGACAAACGUAGAGUUUGCCGGGGUUUUCAAUUCAGAAACAUUGAAAACAAUCUUGCCUUUGCUUUUGGAGAAGAUGGUAUACUCUGAAGACGAAAUUGUAUCGAUUGAACUCGCGAAUGAGAGAGACGAUUCGCACAUGGCUGAUAAGGACGAAGAUAUCAAGCCCAAAAACGCAAAGUCUAAAGAUGCGAGAUCAGCAAAUGGGACAGAUAAGCGUAGUGAUAAGCUUGGCGAGGUUGGUUCUGACGACCUUGCAAAGGGAAAUGACGGCGCAGACGGAAAUACAAACAACGUUGCAGUCAACGACGACGACGACGAUGAAGAUGCUAAUGAUGACGACGAUGAUGACGGAGAUGAUGAUGAAAUAGGCUGGAGUGUGAGAAAGUGCGCAGCUGCCACAUUGGAUGUGUUGAGUGAGCAUUUGCCUCAGGAGGUGCUUUUAGUCGCGUUGCCCAUUCUACAAGAACGGAUAUUAUCCGAUCAGUGGCCCGUGAGAGAGGCUGCGAUUUUGGCAUUUGGUGCCAUGAGCACCAGUUUCACCAAUUUGGCCAGCGAUCGAUUACCUCAGCUCGUGCCGUACUUGGUGGAUAAACUACAAGACCCACAGCCCACAGUGCGUCAAAUUACUUGCUGGACAUUGUCACGAUAUGCUGCAUGGGUGGCUGCCGAAGCCCACGAAGGCGGCGUAUACGCAAGCUACUUUCAACCAACUUUUGAAUCAAUCAUCGCGUGCACCUUGGACCCUAAAAAAGUCGUGCAAGAGGCAGCGUGCUCUGCACUUUCGUCCUUUAUCGAUGCAAGUGACUCGUCGUUGAUUGUGUAUUACCUCCAGCCUUUGUUGGAGCAAUUUGCAAAGUGUUUCCAUAUAUACCAGAGAAAGAACAUGUCCAUUUUGUACGACUGCGUGCAGACUUUUGUCGAAAAGAUGGGGUACGAAAACUUGUCGCAGGACCCAAAGUACUUGAACAUCUUGCUCCCUCCAUUGUUGCAGAAAUGGGAACGAUUAUCCGACGAAGACGCAGCGUUGUGGCCAUUGAUAGAGUGCAUGGCCUCGGUUGCUGCCACCUCCAAGGAAUUGUUUGCACCAUACGCAGUGCCCGUUUACGAAAGAGCAAUGAAGAUAUUGUCCAACUGCAUUUUGGAGGAUCAAACUUGCCAGACAGAUGUCAAUGUUGAUGUGCCGGAGAAAGAUUUCAUGGUGACCUCGUUGGACUUGAUCGAUGGGUUGGUUCAGGGGUUCGAGUACCAGUCAAUCGACUUGAUCCAACACGACAACUCAAGCUCCGACUUGCUGAAUAUCCUAUUGGCAUGCUUUGACGAUUACAAUCAAGAUGUGAGACAAUCGGCAUUUGCCUUGUUGGGCGACCUUGCCAUUUUCGUGGUGGAUGUAUUGAAACCGUAUGUGCAUCCAAUUUUCCUUAGCAUCGGCAAGGAAAUCACCAAUAGAACACACGAUACCUUCCCCGUACAUAACAAUGCCAUUUGGGCAUUGGGAGAGAUGAUCAUUCGUUUACCCGCAGAAGAAACCAAGCAAUACUGGGAAAACUUUAUCAAUUUAUUAAUACCCAUACUCAACACCCAGGAAAUCGAAUCGACGGUAUUGGAGAAUUGCGCCAUCACCUUGGGCAGAAUGGGGUUGUACGGGUCAGAAGCCGUGGCGCCAAGGUUAGCCGAGUUUAUCCUACCUUGGUCUCAGAAUUUCGUCUACCUCGAUGAUAACGAAGAAAAGCAAACUGGAUUAACCGGAAUCAUUAAACUGAUUAGUCUCAACCCCGAUAACGGCUUCGGUGGACUAAACACUCAACAGGGGAAGAAGAAACUUGCCAAAUUUUUGGAAGUCUUGGCUGCCUACCAGGAUGCCAACAGUGAGCUUCAAAGUCUAUUUUUGAAUUUAAUCACUAGUUUCAAACAACUUGUUGGCGAUGAAGUAUGGAAUAACCAGGUGUUGAACUAUGUCGACCCCACGUUGAGGCAAGCUUUGACUUUUUGA